GGAGGAAGGGAGGGAGGGAUGAUGGCGUCUCAAAAGCCUUGAUUCCACCGCUGCUCUGCUGACAGACCCGCUCUAAUAGUACAGGUGGUGGAGGGGGUUGAGGAGAGGGAAUGUUAGAGCGGGUGAGGAGGAGCAGGACGAGGGGGGAGGAAGGGCGAUGGGAACAUGACGAAACGGCUUUUUGUGGAGGACGGACGCACAAACUAGACUGAGAGGGAAACAAGAGAAAGAGAGAGAGGGGGAGAGCGAGAGAGAGAGAGAGAGAGAGAGAGAGAGACGCACGGACAGUCAGUUGCCUCUCCACUUCUUUCCUCCCUCCUUCUGCUCUGUGGCUGAUGCCUUGACUGACACAAGCACAGGCACAGACUCAAACAUGCAUGCACCUCAUUCACUUUUUGCAAACGCACAGCCUGCGCAUCUGUAAUUGGCCAGCCGAGAUCCAGCAGCAGAUGAGGAGUCCGCUGCACGUCCAGCCUGACGAGGAAUCACUGUGACCCAGGCUGAAAGGAGUUCCAACCUGACAGGAUGGGGGGAGUAAGUGAAGGAGAUGAUGUGUUGACUAGAUGGAGUGAUGGGCUACUGUAUCUCGGCAAUGUGAAAAGAGUUGACGGUGUUAAGCGGUGUUGUCUAGUGAGAUUUGAGGACAACUCAGAGUUCUGGGUACUGAGGAAAGACAUCCACGCGUUUGCUACUGGGGUGGAAGAAGUUUGCUGUGUCUGUGACGCUCCUCCUCUUAAAGAACCGCUCAUAAAUUGUCUUAAAUGUCGCCACGGUUAUCAUCCAGAGUGCCACACGCCGGCCAUUGAAACAGAAGCUGACGGCGAUUCGUGGAUAUGUCGGCAAUGUGUCUUUGCUGUUGCCACCAAGAGGGGCGGGGCCCUCAAACGGGGACGGUUUGCCAGGCUCAUGCAGUAUAUGAAACUCAGACUACCUUACCAGCUGACCUCUCUGGACUGGGACUCACAGCAUCUGACCAAUCAGCAGCAGUGUUACUGCUACUGUGCUGGACCUGGGGAGUGGAACCUGAAGAUGCUGCAGUGCAAAAGCUGUUGCCAGUGGUUCCACGAGGCCUGCACUCAGUGUCUGACCAAGCCGCUGCUGUACGGAGACAGGUUUUAUCAGUUCCGGUGUUCAGUAUGUACCAAGGGACCAGAGACUGUCCAGAGAUUACCCAUAACCUGGGUGGACUUGGCUCAUUUAGUUCUCUACCAUCUCUCUCUGUGCUGCAAGAGGAAGUACUUUGAUUUUGACCAUGAAAUCCUGUCCUUCACCAACGAGAACUGGGACUCUCUGCUUUUAGGAGCGCUCUCUGACACACCGAAGCAGGAACGCUGUCAAAAUCUCCUGAACGCUCUGAACUCCCACAAGGACAGAUUCGUCUCCGGAAAGGAGAUCAAAAAGAAGAAGUGUCUGUUUGGUCUGCAGGUCCGAGCUCCACCUCCUCUAAUCACUGACUCCUCCCCGCUGAUCACCGAACCGCCAACCAACAUCGCACAUCGCAAAAGCACAGUGUCACCCACCUGUCAGAGGAGAGUGGGGGGGGCAGAGACCCGUAAAUCCAAGCGACGCAUCACGGAGACACAGCCUUGUCCACCCCCAGUCCCUGCCAAAUCUACUGAGACGCUGCCAUGUUGCCAUGGCUAUGUGGGAGGGACUAACCUUUACAACUCCAGGAAGCCAGAGGAUGAAACGCUUAACUUGUGCUCUGCUCCCAAACAGAUGUAUGGCUGCUACCACAACACGUGCAAUGAAAACUCGUCACUCUCUGGGAGCCACUACAACAGAGUGGAGGACAUCUGCAAGUUACCACCGCCCUGCUUCCUCUACCCUGUCCACCCCAAUGGCAGCCAUUACCAACACCACUAUGUCCAUCACCAGCACAAUUUUGACCACCAGCACAACGUCCAAGUCCAACAACAACAGCACCAACAUCAGCACCAAAUUCCGCGCCAACAUCCACACCAGAAUCAGCACCAACAUCCACACCAAAAUUCACAUCCGCACCAACAUCCACACCAAAAUUCACAUCCGCACCAACAUCCACACCAACAUCAGCACCAACAUCAGCACCAACUUCAGCACCAAAAUCCACACCAACACAAGCACCAGCACCAGCCGGGUCAGAAACACCUGGAGCCCCCCGUCUUACGUGAUCUGCCUAUUUACCAUCCCAGCAUGGUCGGCUGUAGUGACAGCAUAGGUGGAGGUGGAGGUGGAGGAGGUUGCAGUAGUGGUAUAGGAGGAGGGGCAGGGGGCGUUGGAGAUGGAGAAAGUGGGACUGUUUCCAGGAGCUGGGGUGGAGGGGAGGCCGUGAGGAUCUUGGCUCGACGUGUCACACCAGAUGGUAAGGUUCAGUACCUGGUGGAGUGGGAGAAUGUGGGAUUGUACUGAGACAAAAAGAGAUUAAAGACACACAGCCAUUACUGCUCGGGCUUAGACGGGCUUAGAGUACAAACAAACACAAGUUAAUAUCUGUAGACGUGUUUAAAUCCAGGUUUUCUCUCUCGAUAACUAUAUCUCCUCCGCUCUACGUCGUUAUAACCUCAGUCCUUGGUACUAAAUGUUUCUCUUUACUCAUAUUUUUCUGAUAUUUGUAUUUUGGAGUACGUCUUUGAAUUUGCUAUGUUUAAACACAGGGAAAAAAGGAUCAUGAUUUGUAAUCCUGUACGUGAGCCUGAUGCCAUGGUCUCAUUAGCUCCUGUUGGUCAUUACUUGAGUGACAACGGUUCUUUGUAGUUGAUCCAGAGCCAGUUUUUUUGCAUGACAUUUGGAUGUUUUGAUUUUCGGAGCGAAUGUAUUCACACUUUUCGAACACAUUAAGGAAAAGAAAGUACACUUUUAGUGAGGACGCUGGAAUCCCAUCAGUCAUCAGGUGAGGGAGGGUAACACUAGGCCCAGUUCACUGUAGGGCCACAGAGAGACAACGUUCCAGUUACAUUCUCAUCCACACAUAUGGUGAAUUAAAAUGUCAGUUAACCCAAUAGUAUUAGUCUGUGGGAGGAAACCAACACACACACUCCCAUUUUAAUUACUCCCAAGCCGUGUUUGGUUCAUUGGAGUUUCCUAAAUACUGUUAUUUUUAUUUAUUAGUAGAAGUAUUUGACAGGACUGUGCUGCCAACUGCUGGUGUUCUUCACCAUAAAGGUUUAAUAUAUUCCACCUUGAUUUACUAAAUUCAUUGCAUUUGCUCUGAAAUAAUUUUGACUUCAAAUUAAACCUUAUUUUGAAUUGUGG